GGGCCAUGGGACCGACCCGGCUUGAAUCGCGUUGUUCUGUGCAUAGUUCAAACCGGUACAUCCAUCCGGGUCCGGCCAUGGCCGCAGAGUGGGUUGGUAAAUCGUAAGGAAGAAUAGAACCAGUCUCGUCCUCAUCUUCUUUCUUCUUCCACUGGGACCUCUCUCUCUCUCUCUCUCUCUCUCUCUCUCUCUCUCUCUCUAAAAUGGCAGUCACUUUUCACUCGACGGGUUCUUCCUCCUAUCUACACUCCCGAGCUGGAAUUUCUCAGCAUCCUCCGAGUCUCGCGACAAAAGUCUUUUCAGGAUUAAAGCUGCAACCUGCUGGUUCAUUUGGAGCUGGAAAACCUAACUUAACCGUUGAAUUUUUUGACAAAGUCUAUAAAAGUGUUCAAACCAGGACUUGUGGCAACAAACCAACACGGGCUUGUUUUCAAAUGAUGCCUAUAGGGACACCAAGAGUGCCCUACAGAAAUCCUGAGGAAGGAACUUGGCAAUGGGUUGAUCUUUGGAAUGCCUUAUAUCGGGAGCGUGUUAUCUUCAUUGGACAACAUAUUGAUGAAGAAUUCAGCAAUCAAGUACUAGCAACAAUGCUGUACCUUGACAGUGUUGAUUCUUCUAAGAAAAUGUACCUAUACAUCAAUGGUCCUGGUGGGGAUCUUACUCCCAGCAUGUCUAUAUAUGAUACCAUGCGGAGCUUGCAAAGUCCUGUUGGCACGAACUGUGUGGGGUACGCUUAUAACCUUGCAGCAUAUCUUCUUGCAGCUGGAGAAAAGGGUACUCGCUAUGCAAUGCCUCUUUCAAGAAUUGCACUACAAUCUCCUGCUGGGGCUGCCCGUGGUCAGGCUGAUGAUAUACAUAAUGAAGCAAACGAGCUUCUUAGAAUCAGAGAUUAUCUUUUUGGGGAGUUGGCCAAAAAAACAGGCCAGCCAGUUGAGAAGAUUAAGAAGGACUUAGGCCGCAUGAAGCGCUUCAGUGCUCAAGAGGCUCUUGAAUAUGGACUCAUUGAUCGUGUAGUCAGGCCACCCCGAAUUAAAGCCGAUGCACCACGCAAAGAGGCAGCAGGGGGUCUUGGUUAGUGUAUUUUUUGCUCGCUGACCAAUUUUUCUGAUAUUUGUUAUAAAAAAAAAAAAAGAAUGUUGUCAGAGUUUGUCAGCUAUUCAAUCAAAAAUUGCUGCAUGAAAUUUUCAAUUGUGAUAUUUUUAAGAUUGAUCACAUCUCUUAGGGUUUCACAUGUAACACUUGCAGAACUAGUUGAUUGAUGUAUAUUUGGUUGCCUAUGGUUCUCAUUUAUAUCUCUUUUUUUUCCCCUUUCAAA